AUGGAAGAAGAGAAGAAUCCACCCACUGGUGGCAGUCCGGCUAGAGAUGAGUCGGAUGAGGUGCGACGACAGGCCAAGGAGAUGCUCCAUUAUUACCUCUAUAUGGCUGAGGUUUCGAAUCAGCAGCAGCCGCCGCUCGAGGAGGCCUUUGCUAAUAUGAGUGUCAAUGAUAUUUAUAUUAAUCACACCUCCUACGGGAUGUUCGACCGUGAGAAUCGCACCUCCCAGCGUUAUCCGGGGCUCAACGGUGAGAAUCUUGCGGACUUGUCAAACAUCGGGGGUUUCCCCUUGGGAGGUUCUGCCGUUGCGCGGGACGCUGCCAUUGGCUAUGAUUCGUAUCUGGCUCUCAGCGGGUUCCAGGACCCGAGCCAACUGAGCCGUCACAGCCACCAGUUACCACCAUCGCCCUUCCUCUCUGGCCUCUCAAGUGGUUCCUCGGGGAGGAACUGGAACCGGUGCCCCUAUCCCGUCAGCCUAUGCGAGAAUUCCCUCGACUUUGCUGCCCGUGCCACCGAUCCCAAGAUCACGCGGGAGCUGCAGAACAGCAUCAAAUUUAUGAGCCGGUGCCCGUACCCAGUCAGCCUAUGUGAGGAUCCUCUCGACCUUGUCGCCAGUGCUACUGAUCCCAGGACUGCGAGGGAGCUGCAGAACAGCAUCAAGCAUAUGAGCCGGGCCGAGAUAGACCGUCUGUUCUCGGCAUUCAAGAACAAGAUUGAGAAGAUGAUGACUCACACAUCCGCAAACUUUGUCUCCCUGUCCCUCAUAGAAUUCUUGACUGCAAACCAGAUAGGCGAGAUCGUCCACAGGCUGUGCAGAAACAGCGACGUUCUAUGUCGAAUUUGCCUCAAUACUCAUGGGAUGAGGGCAAUGCAGAAGCUGUUGGAGAGGAUAACAGUGCCGUCCCAGAAGGAUGCGCUGACGGCGGCUCUCAGGCCCUACACGGUGCAAUUGCUAAAGAGCGAUGGUGGCCGGCAUGUUAUCAUGUGCUGUUUGCAGAAUUUUUCCGAUGAGGAAAACAAGAACGAUCAUAGCAAAAGAUUAGGGCUAUGA